AUGUUCAGAAAGUUGAUCAAUCUUUUACGAAAAGAUGUGCUGCUGAUGAGAAGAUCGAAAACAUGGACAGCGUUUGAAAUUCUUUUACCGCUACUUUUUCUCAUUGCUCCUCCAGUUGUAUAUGAAGCUUUAAGGGAGGGGCCGGGUUUAAAAUCCGGGGGCAAUUGGUCUCCUGCUAGGGAAGUGAAUAUUAAUGAUGUAACACACAAAUACUCGCUCAAAUGUGGAAGUCCGAGAAUCGAUAACUUUGAGAACUUCUUCGAAGAUUAUUCGGUGGAAUGGAAUAGCGUCACUCAGUCACUGACUAACAAGACAAAACAUGACAGGGAAUCAAUUAUAGCUGCUGUUCGGAAUUGCACGAAUUUUGCUUAUAUAUUACAAGCUGACAAGAGUAGCACUAUCAUUCUCCCUUCUGAAGAUGGAAGAAAGGAAUACGGAUUCUACCGUUACAUUUAUUUGAUUAACAAGAUUUUGUUUGGUUUAGCUGAACGAACGAGCAAAACUGCGAGAGUUGAAAAUUUCAAUAGUCAACUUUACACUCUUCCAGUGGAUUCUAGCUCAUCUACAGGAAAACUUUUGGUUUUUACGAUCUUCCCUCUUAUUUUCGGAAUUUGUAUGACAAUGCCAGUUUUGGCCACUGCCAGAACAUUGGUUACGGAGAAAAGUUCUGUUACACCUUACCUGAGUACAAUUGGUCUUCCAAUUUGGAUAUUUUAUAUGGAGCAUUUUAUAUUUGGAGUUUUGAAAACUACAUUUCUCAUCACACUUUUCUCAAUUCUCUGGCCCCUUCUCUUUGAACCAGUAUCGAUGUACGUCCUGAUCGGGAUCUUCUUUUACACUUUCAACGUCAUCUCAUUUGCUGUAUUCUUCUCAUCAAUCUUUCCAUUUCCGAAACGAAUUGUUGAAGCAUUGAUUCUCAUCUGGCUAUUUUCAUUCAUAUUACCAAUGAUUUAUCCAGCAUACGGUGGUCUGACAUGGGUUGUGUCAUUGACACCGAAUUAUGCACUAAAGAAUUUCCUUGGAGCAAUUGUUCUUGCGGAAGAGGGAAGUGGUUAGUUAAACAAAGUUUUUUUUAGAUCUUUGGAAGGGAUACAAUUAUCCUAGAUACAAGAGUUGCAAUAAGUCAUCUGUUCUGGUCGAAAACUACAACUCUUCAGUGUUCGGCAGUUUAUGUUGGAUUCAUGAUAUUCAAUACUGUUUGGAUGCUCAUUUCUGCGAUUUUCAUCGAGAAACUGAUAACUUCUGUAGGACAUUUUGUGCUGAAAACGUUUUGGGGAGUAUUUGCAAAAGGAAAUGGAAAAGAGUCAAAAAUGGUGAAAGAGAAGGAUGUAGGAGAUCGAUCAACUAUUCUUAAUUGCCAAGAGAAACUGGAUGGUAGAUUGAAUGCUGUUGCAGAUAUUGAGUUGAGUGGAUUGGUAAAAGUUUACACGAAUGGAGAAAAGGCAGUGAACGGAUUAUCACUGCGAGCUAUAAGAGGUCAAGUAUCAAUUCUUUUGGGGCAUAAUGGUUGUGGAAAAAGUACAACAUUUGGAAUGAUAACCGGAAUGCAUAAGGCAACGGAAGGAAGAGUUAUCAUCGGUGGAAUCGAUGCAAACUCACACCGAGCAGCAGCACGGAAAAUGAUUGGUUAUUGUCCACAGUAUAAUCCACUCUAUGAUAAACUAACUGUAAUGGAACAUUUGAAACUUGUGAAUGCAUUGAAAGGAGGAAGCAAAUUAACAUUCAAGGUGGAAGCAGAUAGUUUAUUGCAGCAAAUUGAGUUAACUGAUAAGCGGGACACGUUGGCUAAGAAUUUAUCGGGUGGAAUGAAGCGAAAGCUUUGUGUUUGCAUGGCAAUGAUUGGUGGAAGUCGUGUGAUCCUUUUGGAUGAACCAACUGCAGGAAUGGAUCCAUCGGCUCGUAUUGAUGUUCAGAGAAUGCUGGCGUUGGUGAAAGCCGACAGAACAAUUCUUCUAACAACACAUUAUAUGGAUGAAGCCGAGAAGUUGGGAGACUGGAUUUUUGUAAUGUCACAUGGAAAAAUGGCAGCCUCCGGGUCAAAUCAUUAUUUAAAGCAAAAAUACGGAAGUGGAAUGUUGCUCACAAUAGUUUUCAAGAAUAUUCAUGAUCCGAAGAAGUCAUACGAAUCAGCUUACAGUGUCUGCAAAGCAGUUUGUUCAACAGCGGUGGUGAAAGAUGAACGAGGACAAAUGAUGGAAAUAAGUGUGUCGGAAUCUGAAAAAUCGCGGCUCCCAACACUUCUGAAAAUACUUGAAGCUAUAACGGAUGGUAAUAACAGUACUCCAGAGUUUAAAGCACUUGGAGCUAAUGUGCAGGACAAUGCCAGAAAGUUGGAGUUGGCAACAAUUGGUAUCUCAAUGAGCUCAUUGGAACAAGUUUUCAUCAAGAUUGGAGAUGAUUGUGAUAAUAUGAUCAAUGGUACAACAGGAGCUAAUAGACAGAAGGAGCGUAGUGAAAAGUUCAAAAGAUUGAUUCAGGAAAAAAUAAAACCGCCGAGAAGAGGUUUUCGAAAAGUUUUGAUGGUUAUCAUAGCUUUGCUGCAGAAAAGAGCUUAUUAUCUCUACCGUAAUCCUGUCCAAGUUCUACUUCAAAUCAUACCCCUCUUCUGACUCUUUGGAUGUUUGCAGAACUAUUUUCGAGCCUAGAGUCGGAUUCAUCAAAACUCAUUGAAAUGGAAUCCCUAGACUUGUCUCAAUAUCCAGAGUCUACGAUUCUAGUACAAGUUGAGGAUGAAAAGGACAAUCGCCUCAUGGAAUAUCUCAAUAACUUUCCGAAUCUGUACAAAAUCAAGGUGGAUUAUAAUGCGGAUGUAGAUCGGCUGGUCAGGAAAUAUUCAAUGGGAUUCCAACAACUCGGAUUUGUUAUAAAAGUAGACAAACUUGGCAACACACUCGUAUACUACGGAAAGGAAGAGAGUGAUGUAUUCAACAAAAAACCGGAAAUUUUAAUGAACCUGCUUGCGUCUUGCAUGUACUUAAGAUCUUAUGGGGCGUGGUGUUUUUAUGGGACUUUGUGCUGUUCACAUUGAUAAUGUUGUACACUAUUGUGUUUGUGCUAGGAUUUGGAGUACUGCAAGGACAUAUCCAUGAAAUAGUCAUAAUCUUCUACUCGUUUUUGCUCUAUUUCGUUUCACUUGUAUACUUAACAGCUAGCCUAAUCAAUACCCCGACGAAAGGAUCAUUACUUCUUUAUGUAUUCUGUCUCACCACUUACAUGAUGUACUUUUUGAUAGUUUUAGCUACCAAGGGAAGUGAUAGGUAUCGCGAUCUUUUUAUGUGCAUAACUCAUUUUGUCAAUCCAACAGUUGGGUUUAUUAUGGGAAUAUAUAAAAUCGCAGCGAGUACCUAUGAGAACUCUGGAUUGGCGGAAACAAUGCAUAAUUCAGCAAGCCUAUGGGAUUUUAAUGGUCUAGUGAUCGAACUCGCUUUUAUCAUUGCUGCAGCAUUUCUAUUCACUCUAUUGCUGUGCUGUAUCACUAUGAAACCGAUUCGCCGAGCAUGUUUCUUGUGUUGCCAUAGAAGAUCAAGACUACGACAACGGAUGAAAUACAAGGGACUGGAAUCGUGUAGAGCUGUGCAAGAGGAAGAGGCGAUGGUUCAGAACAUUGAUAAGGCUGAUAAGAUUCUUGUGAUUAAUGGUCUUAUCAAAGAUUUUGGCAAAUUCCGUGCUGUUAACGGGCUCUCCGUAACUGUCGAUCAUGAGGAAUGCUUUGGAAUGCUCGGAGCAAAUGGAGCAGGAAAAACUACAACUUUUGACAUCAUCACUGGAUUGACAAUGCCGACUGGAGGCCGUGUUACCAUCGAUGGACAUGACAUUAGUAGAACCAUUCACAUUGGAUACUGUCCGCAAUUUGAUGCGAUGCUUCAGCAAAUCUCGUGCAGGGAAACAUUGAUGAUUAUGGCAAAAUUCCAAGGAUAUGCAAAUGUGUCUGAAGUCGUCGAUUUAGUUCUGGAUUGUGUAGGAAUGGCAGAUUUCGGGAAUAAGCUAGUCAAAAAUUGCAGUGGUGGUCAAAAGCGCAAAAUCUCCGUUGGCAUCGCUUUGAUGUCUCGUGCCACGUGUAUCAUUCUUGACGAACCGACUGCUGGAAUCGAUCCACGUGCUCGUCGUGAAAUUUGGGAUAUUAUUCAUGAGAUGAGAGAACAAGCGAAAUGCUCAAUUGUGCUCACGUCUCACUCGAUGGAAGAAUGUGAAGCCUUGUGCACUCGAAUCGGAAUUCUUAGAAAUGGAGAGAUGAUCGCGUUGGGAACCAGUCAGUCAUUGAAGUCACAGUACGGGAACACUUAUAUGAUGACACUUAUUCUGAACAAGUUGGAGGAUAGGAAGUCUGUCUGUCAAAUUGUCAAAGCAGAUAUGCCGUAUGCAACGCUGAAAACUCCCGAAUCCAGUUUGACUACUAGCAUUGUUUGGGAGAUUCCCAAGAAAAAGUCGGAUAAAUGGUCGGUAAAGUAUGAUCAAGUGGAGGCGCUCGCCAGAAAAGUUAGAGCAAGAGAUUACACGUUGACGCUACAACGGAAGCAGAAAAAUUCUGAAAUUUAGUG